AUUUCGCUUACCGGAAGUCCUAAUGUGAUCAAGAAAGAUGGCGGGGGAAUCCGCAAUGGAGCUGCUCUUUUUAGAUACGUUCAAGCAUCAAAAUGCAGAGCUGACAAAUGUGGAUGUUGUGCGAUUUCCGUAUGGUGUCUUGAUCACAGAAGUGCGGGUCAUUCCCCCUGGCAUCAAAGCACACAGCAACCUGCCCGACAGCAGAGCGUUUGGGGAGACGUCCCCUCAUGCAUUCCAGUUGGACUUGUUCUUCAACAAUGUGUCCAAACCCAACGCCCCAGUGUUUGACAGGCUGGGCAGCCUCGAGUAUGAUGAGAACAAAUCAAUCAUCUUCAGGCCCAAUGGGAAGAUCAACACAGACAAUUUAGUCCUGCGCGGAUGGUACACAUGCUUGACAUUGGCGGUGUAUGGAACAGCCGAGCGCCCCCACAGCCACGAGCGGGACUCUCCGCCUCCUCCUCCACCCCCUCCUCCCCAACAGCAACAGCCAGGAUCCAAAAGGAACAUCAAGCAUGAGUGGGACAGUGAAGAGCAGUACAACGGAAGCCCACCCAGACCACAGCCCAGAGGGCCACGGACCCCACCAGGGCCUCCCCCUCCAGAUGAUGAUGAAGAUGAGGCUAUAGCUGCACCUGGUCAAUGUCCAGUGAAGGAGGAGAACACAGAGCAGGGUGAUGACUACCUGGAACCCGUCUCACCUGAGCGAGGGUCUCUCCCUGCAGAUGAGACCUACUCAGACGGCGAACAAGAAGAGGACGAAGGCCCGGUUGAUGACGAAGAGGACGCUGAUGCACAGUCGGAAGGAAGUGAAGGGGAAGAAGAUGAUGAGGAAGACGACGCUGAUGAGGAGAUGGAUGAAGAUGGAGAAGGUGACGAUGGCUAUGAGCAGAUCUCCAGCGAUGAGGAGGAUUUGGAGAGCGGAGCUUUCAAACUACCUCCAUUUGAUUUGGACUACACAGCCGAGGACCUGGCCUCAUUACCAACCGUCCAGUACGAUCCGUUCGAACGCGAGCUCCGACCCCUGCAGCACUUCACCCCGCCGCACGUCACGCGUUACGAGGUGGAACUGAAGCGCCUCAAAACGGUAGACGUCCAGGACCCGAGCUCCCCGUGGGCGGAGUCUGCGGCUAAAUUGUCGGAACUGUUAGAGACCUGGGGUGAAGAGCAAGAGGCGGAGCGAGGGGCGGGCUGGGUAACGACAUUGGAGGAAAUCCCAGCCUUACUUGUGAAAGGACUGAGCUUCUUAUCCAUUAGUGACCCUGAUAGGCAGAGGGAGAAUUUAAAAAGACUAAUCGAUUGGAACUGUGAAGCUCUUAAUUUGGACUUUGCCCUGGCACAGCCCAUCGCUCUGAACCUGCGCCAGCUCAAAGCAGGCACCAAACUGGCCGUUUCCCUGGCUGAUUGUGGUGGCCAGGCUGUGCAGGAGCUCCUGGAGAAGCGCAUCGUUGGCAGCCUGUUGGACUUGUUGUUUGCGGAACACGUUUCAUCCACGCUGAAACUCAACGUGCUGCGUUCCCUCGACGGCAUCAUCAGUGAGCCGCAGGGCAUGGAGACCUUGCUCCGAGACCAUGGCGAUAAAAGAUUGAGUGGGUACCAGCGUCUGCUGGAUCUAUUUCUGUUGGACCAGACUGUGCGUGUUGCUACAGCGGGUGCAGCCAUUUUACAUAAGGCACAUUUUUAUGAAAUUUUGACUGACAUUCAGAAAGCCGCAAGCACCUGGGCUGAGCGUCAUCCAAACGUUGGGGAGGCGGGUGAGAGAGAAAGUGUCGAGAGUGAGAAGAAAGGUGGAGAGAAGGACAGAGAAAACACAGAGAGGGAAGGAGAGGAGAGAGAGAGGGAAACUCGAGAGGUAGAGCGGGAAACCCCAAUGGACAUUGAUACUCUGCUGGAAUCUGAGUCUUUGUCAGAAGGUGACUUGGAAAGGCUGCAAGUUCUCCUGGAGGAACUGCUCCACCUGUUGGAGAGUGCGCCUUACUGUAUGGUACAGCCUCCUGGAAAAGCUUUUCCCACCAGUGCCCGCAUCACUGGGCCACCAGAACGAGAUGACCCCUAUCCCACGCUAUACAGUUACAUGCAUGCUUGUCACUUUCUGGAAUCCCUGGCAGUUGUCCUGUCGUAUCCUGCUACAUGUGUCCAUAUCGGAGUCCUUCAGGCUGUCAGAGAAGUGAUGCAUUUCCUGUCGCAGUCCCAGCAGGGCCUCCUCUUCCUCCUUAGCCAGCAUGAAGCCAUCAACCUGCUGCUUCGUCUCCUCACCCCCCUCACUCACCUGACUCCUCCCUCUCACCUGGCCCCACUGACACUUCUCUCAGAGGCUGAGGGAGAAGAUGCUCCAGCAGUUGGUGAGGGGUCAAUAGAAGACGGUUUUUGGAUGUGGCUCAUGCAGACUCUACAUGCGCUACAAGGAGUAGCUGAGCUGAGUGGGGCUGAGCUGGAAGAUGGCGAUAACCCAGAUGUUUUGGCAACGCUUCACGGCUUGUAUCUCAUUAGCUUCAGCAGCACCGGCCGAAACGCUGUCGCACAUGCAUUCAGCUUGGAAAAUAACCUCAGCUGUCUGGUCAACCUGGUAGAACACCAUGCCAAAGAGGGUCAAGGAGAAGGCAAAGCAAGGAAAUCUGUCACGUAUAACUACGCCUGCAUGCUUGUGCUUCUGGUGGUGCAGACGUCAGGUGAUCUGAGAAUGAUGGAGCACUACGCUGCUCCGCUUCUUAGUGUUUGCAAAGCUGAUGAAAACAAUGCUAAACUUCAAGAGCUGUCGAAGUGGUUGGAGCCCCUUGAAAAGCUGCAUUUUGAUAUCAGUGUUAUCCCUACGCUUAUUGACUACAUAAAGCAGAAUCUGGAGAACUUGAUGACAAUUGAUGGAGUGGGUCUUGUAACUGCUCUCAGAGUCUUGUGCCACAUUUCAUGUCCUCCACCCACUGUUCCAGGUCAGCAGAAGGACUUAAAGUGGAACCAGGCCAUAAUAACCCUCUUCAGUGCGGAGGGAAUGGACACUUUUAUUAAAGUCCUCCAGAAGCUUACAUCGCUGCUUCUGUUGCCAUGGCGACUGGUUGGGCCGAUGGGUCCCACAGCGCAGAAGCUCAUGAUGCUGUCGGUGGCCUCCUGCUCACUCAGGCUCAUCCGCACCAUGCUCACCGAGCUGCUGAGCGGUGGGACCUGCGAGUUCCGUGACGUGCGCGUGCCCUCCAUCUGCGUCACGCUUCACAAGAUCCUCUGUUCCACUCCGACGACGGGACGAUUGGAUGCAGAGGAGCUGCGCAUCCAGGGAGACGUGACGGAGACGUUGUUGACAUUCACGCACGCGGUUAGCCAGCAGGAGACCGGGUCGGAGGAGACGGUGGCGGGGAACAGCUGGUCUCUGAUGCUAAAGGAAGUGUUGAACUCUAUAUCGGCUGCUCCUGAGAACAUCUACAGCAGCCUCAGUCUGCUGUCUGAAUUGCUGCCUCUGCCUUUGCCCAUGCAGACAACACAGGCACUCUCUGUGCAGGACAUUGGGGUGGCGAUGAACACACGUAAACUGUGGAGUGUGCACCUGCAUGCUCAGGCUCGGGUCUUGCAGGAUGGGCUGCGGUGCGUAUGUGUAUGCAGCUGUCCUCCGCUCCUCUCUAUGCUCCGCAGGGUCUGCAUUCAGCUCUGUGAUCUUGCUGGACCCACUGCCACACUAGUGAUGAGAACUUUGCUGGAGCAGCUGCAGGAGGAAAUGCAACAGGAGGCGGCUGGCUCUCGUUUGAUGAGACUUCUAGCACUUCUCGACUCGCUGGCAUCUCAACGGGCGUGCAAGGCCGCCAUGUUGUCCCUGCUGGGCGGAUCUACGCACAGCGAGGGCCGGAGCGAAGGGAAAGUUGAGGACAAACAGCCGGACCUCUUUCGUUCUUUCCUUGCAAUGCUCCUCGUACCAGCAGACGCUGGCCUGACAGUGCAGCAGAACGCUGAACUGACGGCUUCCAUCAUUCAGUCUCUGUGCGACCAGGAUGUGUCACUGGUCGUGAGAGGCUCGGGCGAGGCGUCGUUGUCCGAGGCGGAGCAGCUGGCCAACGGAUUGCCGACCAAAGAGGUGAUGUCGUGCAUAUGCGACGGAAUGGUGGAAGGGUUGGGAAAUGCACACAGUAGCUUCACGCUGCAGCUGACGUGCUUGAGGACUAUGAUGUUUCUCACAGAGCAUGACUAUGGGCUCUACCACCUGAAAAGCUCUUUGAAGAAACACAGCUCGGCAGUUUCCUCUUUGAUCCGCAGAGAAAUCGCCUCCUUUAACAAAGAAUCGGCUGAGCUUUUGUCUGCCUUAUUUGACUUUUUGAGACAGAUUGUGAGCAGCGAAGCUAUGGAUGAAGACAUAGACAGUCGCUCUUUGGCGCUCAGUGUGAGUGACAUGAAACAGCUGCUGCAAUGGACGGAGGAGUCAGGGGAGCAUCCUCUACCAGAACUGGAGAAACAUGUCACAGAGCUCUGUAAAGAGGAUGAGUCUUUGGAGACUCUGCUUGAGAACGUUGCCGGGCUGCGGCAGAUUAUCGAAAGCUCUGGAGAUGCUCCCGCGACUGCAGAGCCUGAGACUGAGCCCACUCUGCCUCCACCCGAACCCCUUCAGACGCAGUUCAACCACAGGACGGUUUAUGUUCUCUCAGAUGUCCUGGAUGAGCAGCUAAAGGCUUUGUGGUUCUCUCCAUUCCAAUCAAAUGAUAUGGAUACUGAAGUAGACAUGGUGAAAGUAGACCUAGUUGCACUAUCCCAGCAAUGUUGUCCGGACUUGGACCUGAAGGCGGAGUUAGAACGGUCGUUUCUCACUGAACCCACCUCCCCAGGGCAUAACAAACCACCCAAAGGCUUCAGACUGGGCAAGCACAAACAUGAGACCUUUAUCACCAGUGGGAAGUCAGACUAUGUGGAGCCUGCGAAACGAGCGCACAUCAUGGCAGCCCCUCGAGGUCGGGGCCGCGGUUCGUUCGGCCAGCUCAAUCGACCGCAUGACAUUUUCCGUCAACGCAAGCAGAACACCAGUCGGCCUCCUUCCAUGCAUGUAGAUGAUUUUGUGGCUGCAGAAUACAAAGACGUAGGCCCGCUCACCGGCCUGGCCCCACCCAAACGCCCACCAAAAGGAGGAGCCAAGCCACCAGCUAGAGGCUUGUUCACUGGAGGAACCAGAGGGAGGGGCUUUCAGAGCCAUACACGCUUUUUUACUCCGCCAGGCCCCAAGAAUGUUCUGCUUGCUGGUAACUACCCUCGCCGUGAGGGUGGCCGUGGCUCUGCCUGGAACACUCCAGUGACAGCUGUCACUCACAGAGGGACUUACAGUGAGCCUCGUGGAGGGCAAAGCAACUUCACCCGACCAUUACCGUCUAGACAACCACCUGCAGGUGCAUACCGAUUGGCUCCCCGUGACAGAACCACCAGAGGAAGAGGUGCCGGUCUGUCCUGGCUAAAUAGUGGUGGAGUUGGUUUGGGAGGAGGAGUAAGUGGCGGUGGGCGUGGUCAAGGGAAGUUCAACAGUGGAGGUGGGCGGGGCCGACACGUCCGCUCAUUCACUCGCUAACGGCUGCCGUAAGCAAAAUAGACUUAGCCGUCAGGCUUUAAAGGACCAAUCAGGAUGUGGAUCUGCUAUCGCCGUUGCAACCAUUGGCUGAUAUUGUGUAUAUCAUUGUCAUGUUUUGUUUGUUUCUCUCAUUUUUAAAAUAUGAUUAAAUUCUUGUGAGUAUA